AUGUCUCAUUCAACGGGCCCCCAAUUGCAGGCCAAACCCGAACCGUUUCUCGAACACCUACACAAUCCCUGUGCGCCCUCCGGAGACCCUACCGUUCCCACUCCGUCCGAAGGUAUAAGCUCCCAUCUACCCUCCGUGGAUGUGAACGGCGUACUGGACAGUGUUGUACCCGAGGCGUCGGCAGCGAAGGAGGAGACCGUCAUCGACACCACCAAACCGCCCGAGCACAUGGAAAUCGACCGGGGGCUGCGCGAUGAGGCAAGGGGCGGACUGCCGAAGGAGGUGGAGGAUAUUGGGUGGAACGAUCACCCAGACUCGAUGCCGUCUCCGAUCGCGAAGGGACUGUCCAACGAUGAUCUCUGGAUGCUCUUGCGGAGGGCAGUGGAGAAGCCCCUCCCUAGCGAUCUGGACCUCAACUACGCAGAAGACGAAGAAUUCUCCCCCGAGAAAUUGCGCGCGACGUUCGAGCGCUUCUAUAUGAUAGUCAUCGUAGGCUUCGCCGCAAUCGCCAAGCACGUUGCCCGGCUGCGAUCUUGGAACGAGCGCAACCGCACUAUCGCUUGGCUCGUGGGGUACUAUGUCGCCUGGUCCCUCAACCUCCUCAUGCCCGUCACAUUCACCCUCAUACUUGUCCUCGUCGCCUUCCCUCCCUCCCGGUCCUUCUUGUUCCCGCCGGCUCCGUUAGCCUCGAUUUCCGCCGCGCACGGCGGGCUCCAAAAACCCCCGGCCGGCCAGCUUCAUUCGAAAGACACGCUCACGGGCGCGCCGGAGGCGUACAAGGGCGAGGCGCUCGAGAACGAGGCGUCGGACUUUGUGUCGGGCUUUGCCAGUCUCGCCGUAGGGACGGCUGUGGGUAAGGGUCCGGAGGAAGAGAAGCAGGCGGAGCAGGAGGGCGAUACGAGCGUCGUGCCGGACCCCACCAGCGUCGCGAUGGAUGCGGGCCAUGCGAAAGAAGUGGCAAGCGGGAAGAAGGCGAAGGGGAACAAUAACGCGACGAAGGAGCCCGUUCAGGAUGCGCUGUGGGCACAGGCGCGACCGGUGAUGAGGGCGCUGGACGACGCGUGCGACGUUUGGGAAACGUUCGGCAAUGCGUUGUCUCCGACACCGCCCUUUUCGUCGGUGAUCCGAUUUAAGCUCGGUAUGAUCAUCGCUCCUCUGCUGCUCGCCUCGCUCUACAUGAAUGAGGUCAUCCUGUACAACGGCUCGACCUUCGUCUUGGGAAUCGUCAUCUUCGGCCAGCCGCUCCUCAUGCGCGGUGCGCUCUGGCUUACCGAGAAGGUACCAAACUGGCAAUGGUAUCUCCAACCCAAGAAUACGCUGUUGAAGGGGAUCCCCACGAAUGCGCAGCUGGCCCUUACGCUCCUCCGCAUCGGCGAAGCGAACAAGACGCCGCUGCCGCCCCCGCCGAAGCAGGACCCAGAUCAGGGCCUGCCGUCCCGCCCGCCGAGCCCGGUCGACGCGGACGACAUCCCGCUCGACGUCUCCCACCGGGACGUCGACGCAACGCAGUACGACGAGGAGACGCUCGCGAGACGCCACGACGACGACGACAAGGACAAGAAGGAGCCGGGAAAGAAGCGGCAUAGGAUCGCCAAGUUCUUCAAGGGCACGGCGAAGGCGGGCGUGAGCGCCGUGAUCGGCACGGACGCGAUCAAGGCCAAGGUCGGCGGCCAGAGCGCGAAGCGACGCCUGGGCGUGCUACCUAAAACAGGCGAGCGCUCCGAAGAUGGCCCGACGAUCUUCGGCGCGCGGUACAACGGCAAGAAGGGGUUCGCGGUGAUCUCGACGCGCGCGUCGACGCCGUGUAUCUCGUUUACGCCGCACGACCCUGUGGAGCGUGAGGAGAAGGGGAAGGAGGUGAACCCUGUCUGGACGGUGGGAUUGGACGAUAUCAGCGAGCUGAGGAAGAUCGGGGGGCUCGGAUUCAAGGGACGGUUGGUCGUUGGUCACGCUCUGGGAAUGCAGAUUGUGGAUGGGCUGGAGAUCGUGGACGGGGCCGGGAGGAGAACCAAAGCCAAGUGGGAGUCGCCGCCACCGCCGGCGAUGUCCGAACUAGCGUACCGUCAAUAA